AACAACAAAUAGUUGAGCUGGCACGUGUGGCUCGCUCGAAAAAGGGGACACUUAGUCCAGACCCGACUACAGGAUUGACCAGUGUGUAGUCUGUUGUAGUCAUUAGAUAUUACCUAAUGUGCAUGAUCCAGUCUUUAAAUAACUUAAUCAAGCAUCAGACCAUAACGAUAGGUAGUUGAUGAACACAUUUCUUAGCGAUCACAAAGUAUUGUUUUUCCCCCUCGAAGCUCAUUUUUGCAGUCGUUUUGAGUGUUAGGAUGGACUUUCACGGGAAAAAGUAUGAACGAGGGAGUAACUGGUCCGAGCCCGAGGUGGUGGAGCUCCUGCAGCUGUGGUCGGACGAGGCGAUCCAAGCCGAGCUUGAUAGCUGCCUGCGGAACCAGCACGUUUUUAACCGCAUAGCCGCGGCCCUGCACGGCAGAGGGGUGUACCGCACAGGCGACCAGUGCAGGGAGAAGAUCAAGAAGCUGAAGCUGGAGUACCGGCGCAUCAGAGAGAACCAGAAGACAGUGCGCGGAGGGAGGACGUGGAAGUUUUACGAGGUGAUGGACCGUGUGCUGAACGGCAGGCCCGUGUUACAGUUACAGCAGCAGCAGCGCCUUUUACCCGUUUUGCCGGCCUCCUGCAGCUCCAGCUCAGAGCCGUUCACUUUUACCCGGCCGCCCAACCCGGGAGAGCUACUGGACAUCAAGCGCGAGGAGCUGCACGCAGAAGACGAGCUGCUGAGCGCAGAGCACGCGCCGCCAGAGCUGAUCUACCACAUCGGUUCAGAGGAGGAUGAGCAUGAGCUCGACGCCGAGAGCAAAUCAGCCGGGGCAGAAACAGAGGAGCAGAGGCUGGGAGAGCUGACCAGGGGGGAGGGCGCUGCUGCUCACGCGAGCAGUUCUCCUUCAGGUUACAGCGACCAUAAUGUGGCUGGCUUUUCCGGCGCAGGCAUUUCCCCGGCAACAGCUCCUGUGGGGAUUAGAGAUGGGGGUAUCCAUGGUGACGUGGAGGACCCUAAAAGUUCUGUCUUGUUUCGUCAGAGGAAGCGGCGGCGGGCGGGUCGGGGGAUGGGCAGUGGGAGGUUGUUGGAGAGAGCGCUGGCAGAUUUCCUUGGCUGGCAGCAAAUGAUGGAGGAGAGGUACCUCUCUCUGGAGGAGGCACGGAUGCAGCAGGAGGAGCGAGCUGAGGAACGCAGGGAGCAGCAAGAGGAAAGACGGGCCCAGCAGAACAGGGAACAUGAGCUGCGUCUUUUUUCUUUAUUCACAGGGGUCCUUGCUGCAGCCAGAGGGAAAGCAGAUGGUAUUAGUAUUAGCACCAGUAACCAAGGACUGAUUCCAGCUCCUUCCACAGCAGCAUCAGAGCCAGUGUCCCUCUCUGUACAUCCCUCUUCUCCACCUCCAGUGGAGUCAUCACCUGACCCUUCCACAGUCCCCUUUACACCCAGCAUGCUGAGGGGUGACCGGGUGCCCCAGUACAGCCGUUACCUGUCCUGCAGAGGUAACAGUAUCUGGCAGCACCAGGGCAUCCUGCAGGAAGGCUACACGCAGUACCAUGCCAACAAAUAUGAUGAGAACAGCAAUCCUGAUGGCAUAAUUAAUAUGGGAACGAGUGAGAACAAGCUUUGCUUUGACCUACUGCAAAAACGGCUGACUCAGCCUGACAUGCUGCUCAUAGAGCCGUUCCUGCUGCAGUAUCCGGACUGGAAGGGUCACCGCUUCCUAAGAGAGGAAGUAGCUAAGUUCCUGUCAGAACACUGCCGCUCUCCUGUCCCACUGAAAGCAGAGAAUGUGGUUGUGAUGAACGGCUGUGGGUCUGUCUACUGUGCUGUGGCAGCUGUGCUCUGUGAUCCUAAUGAUGCAAUCCUCAUUCCAAGCCCAUUCUAUGGCGUAAUCACAGAGGAUGUUGAUUUGUACAGUGGUGUGAAACUCUACUGUGUUCCUCUUGACAGUGAGGUCAGUGAAAAUGAUGAUAGGCCAUUCCAUCUCACUGCUGAGAAACUGGAACACGCUCUAGAAAGGGCAAAGAAAGAGGGAGUGAAUGUAAAAGCUGUCAUCCUGGUUAACCCCCACAAUCCUCUGGGGGAGAUUUAUACUGCUGAAGAGAUGACCAGCUUUCUGAACUUUGCCAAAAGGCAUGAGCUGCAUGCUAUAGUGGACGAGGUCUACAUGCUGUCUGUGUUUGAUGAGGAUUUCUCCUUUCACAGCGUCCUCAGUCUGGAGAGGAUACCAGACGCUCAGAGAACUCAUGUCUUGUGGGGUCUUAGCAAGGACUUUGCUAUGGCAGGUGUGCGUGUGGGUACAGUGUACUCAGAGAACAGGGAUUUGGUGCAGGCUCUGGAUCAGCUGGGCAACUUUCAUGGAGUAGCAGGACCCUUACAGCACCAGGUUGCUCAGCUGCUGAAAGACAAAGAGUGGCUGAAUGAGGUGUUUCUCCCGGAGAACAGGCGCAGGCUGAAAAAGGCACAUCAAUAUGUGGCUGCUCAGCUGACAAAGCUAGGCAUUCCCUACCUGCACAGAGGCGCAGGCUUCUUUAUCUGGGUUGACUUCAGCAAGUAUCUGAAGGAACAGACGUUCGUGGAGGAACUGUGUUUGUGGAGGUGUUUUCUGAAGCACAAAGUGCUGCUGAGCUGUGGCCAGGCCUUUAGCUGUUCCUCACCAGGCUGGUUCCGGAUCGUCUUCUCUGACCAGCAGCGCUGCCUCCAACUGGGCCUGGAGAGAAUCAGAGAGACAUUAGAGAAGCUCCAGGGCUCCAGCAUGCUGCCCGUCUCUGAGAACGCAAAGAAAGACAAACAGGAGAGCCAUAGACAAACAGAGAGCACUGCACAAAGAGAGAAACAAAACAAUGAAAACAAUACCAGAGAAAUGACAACCAGUGUCUUCAGUAUACCAACAAAGCUGCAUUGUGAGGGAAAUAAUACUGAGACUGAAAGCUUAUUAUUGGCUGAUGAGGACACUGUGGUCUUCAACUGUCAAUCCUCCUCUACCUCAGAGAGUCUGGACUCCCUGAUUGGUGCUCUGAGACAACAGAUCCAGUCGUCUGAUUGGUUAGAGAAAAACAGGCCGGAGCUGUCUGCUGGAGAGGACCCGACACAACUGGAUGUUUUUAAGGAGCUGUUGGACAGGGCGAGGAUAUAGUGACACGUUAAAGAGAGCAGAAUUCUCUAUACCAAGGCCGUGUUUGUUCAGUUCUUUGUAACAGGAGAGUUUGUUACUGUGUUAAACAUAUAAGACUGGCAUUCUGAUCAACUGUUUUCUAUCACAGGUAAUAAACAAUACAAAACAAUCAAAUUA